AAAAUAUUUCUUUUACUUCUAGCGGCAGUACUGCUUCGUAUCUACCUAGAGUAUGAAAGGAGUCAAGAGAGUUGUAGGUCACUCGUUAAGGACAACAAUAAUUCUACUGAGUGUCGUAUUAAUGCCAGCGAAAAUGCCGUUUACCAACAAAAGAAAAUUUUUCUCGCUUUCUUCUAUUGGGAACAAUUAACAAUGGCGACGAAUAAUCUUCUUCAACUUACAGCCCUCGCUGUGCCAGGAGGGCGACAAGUUGUUGCUCCAUUUGUGAAAGAUUCUCUGUUUCACGGAGUGCCGACCUCACACGGACACCAUACGCUUGGACUUUAUUACAACGUUACUGCUCUAAAUGAAUCGCUUGGUUUGCACGGUCAUGGUACUUUAAUAAACUGGGACGGGUUUCAAGACGUCUGCAAGGGAAAACUGGAUGUUUUAGUAUAUUUUCAUUAUAGAAAUCUAACGAACUCCACGACAAACAACCUUUCUACGUCGUACAAUCCUUGCAAACUUGACCACAAAAACGUUCUUCUUGGCAUCAAGAUCGGCAGAAAGAUUUGUGUCAAUGCUAAUGCCUUCAAUUCAGUUCAAAGAUUUGAAGACGAAAUGGUUAAGAGGCUCCCGUGUGUUGGUAUUUUUGAAUGGCGAGGAGCAAGAAAAACGAACCCCAAAAGAACACAUUUUGAUAUUGAGUCAAAAGUAGAAAAGCUCCUGUCUUAUCGCGACAUGAACGCUUUCUUCAGUGCAAAACUUGCUCGCGUAGCUCGAGAUUUCAUUGCGCAAAAUCUCACUUCAAACUUUAUCUCCGUACACAUUCGCACGGAAAAGAUUUUAUCUGAUGGAGGAAAUAUUUCCACUAUCAGAAGGUGUUUAGUAAAGUUGAGGAAGAGAUUUCAUGGUAUUAUUCAAGUAGCUGCUGUUCCUCCUACAAUAUUUUUGGCCGUUGAUUUCACAAAGUUUGGCUCCUCCUCAAAAACUGUGAAACCAGCUCGAAAACAUGCCAAAUCCUUCAUCAAAAUACUCCUUCCGCUAAAGUCCAUUAGUUUUCAACCAUCAGAAUACAAGAUUGUUGAUCGAGGAGCCGUAGCCAUUGUGGAAAUGAACAUUCUAGCAUCAGGGAGGCGCUUAUUUCUUCUUGGAGGUGGGUCAUUUCAAAAUUGGAUGACGACGCAAUUUCGCACCAGGAAUAAAAAUGAACAAAGUAAAGUAGAACGCAUCGUUUGUUAACCGUUUGAAAACAUUUUUCUUAUUUUAAAAAAUAAAUGCAGCCAGCAAAGCCGGGGUAAACAGUUGGAAUUUUAUAUUGAUAUUGGACGCUUGUAAUAGUGGAUCGUGAUCCCACAAAGGGUGCCAAAGAGUCUCAGCUUGCUGGAACGCGCGAGUGAUCUUCCGACACUAGUGACAUAGUCUCAUGAACCGGCAAAAAUUACCUUGCUGACAUUUAAAGUAUAUCAUUGCAAUUUUAAUUAGAUUACCAAGCACAAUAAGGAGCAGUAUCAGUGCUGGGUCCAGACCUUGAGAUAAGGGGAGGGGCUAGUCAUCCAGACCCUUUGAUAAGGGGGGGGCCUCCCCCCUCCCCUGGAUCCGCCACUGAGUAUAAAGUAGAACGCCUUAUAGUUUGUUAGCCGCGGCACUGCAUAAAGAAGAGUCGAAAUAUUAACUGAAAGUCAAUUUUCCUGUGUUUCAGAAAGCGUAGUGUUUAAAGCGUAAAUAAAAAGUUUACUUAUCACCAUAAUGCGUUCUUUUGAUGGCUUUUUGAUGUUGUUGGACUUUAUCUUGGACCAAAGUCUCCCCCUUUUUCUUCGAUGUCCUCAGCUAGGACAGAGUUGGUGUCUGCUACUGCACCAAUGAUAAUCGUUUUCUUUAAAUUGAACUCUUGGAAUAGGAAUCUUCACUAAAUCCUGUUCACUUGAUGAAACAAGGCUUGGUUGUGUUUUAAUCUAAAAUAGGCAGAAUGUCUGCCAAUGGUCGAAUCAUUUUCGGAUCAGGGCCCGUUGCUUAAUCGGACGAGUGCUAAGCCUUUUGUGUUGAAGGCGGUUUCAGUAUCUCUGGCUCCGGUGCACUGCCUGAGUGCUGGAAAGUGGUCGGUACAUUUUUGUAUGGGCUCGAUUCACGAUCGACCGUUCGCUGAGUAGUACCGACUUUCCAUGUUGAGGGUAGUGGUAUUGGUGUCCGCAACUGACGCUGAAAAUUUUGGACCGAUUUGCGUCAUGCUUGAUAGUCCUUUGGGUAACGGUCUUGUUCCCAGAGGUUGUUAAUCUAGGAAUUGAUGGCGUUUUUGGCACCAAUGGAUUCUGCAAUGUUUGAUUGCUUGUCAGGGAUCGAGCAUGAUCGUGUCACUGUCUUGCAGACGGCUUGUGCACCUUUUGGUGUUGAUACUGCGUUUGCAAUUGGAGUCAUUUCUUUAUUCGUGCAGAAGGAACUCCCGGCAUGGCUAGUUUCAUCCUUGUCUUUGCCGGCAUGUGUUGAAGUACAUACAUGCAUUCAUACAUAAACUAUAUUUUAACUCAAAUUUACAGAUCGAUUGAGCUAAUAUUUCCGAGCAAAGUAAAAAUAAAACUUAUUGAAAAAUAUUAAUUUUUAAAAGUUAUUAAAACUUUUAAAAGUAAUUCUAAUGAAAAUUCAAAGUUCUUCAAGGGAUUUUUAAAAUCAUCGAUUGAUAUUAUUUGUCUCAUGUCGUCUUUAAGUGAGUUCCAGAGCUUUGCAGCUUCGCACUUGAUGGACUUGAGUCUAUAAGUGGUUGUCAAAGUUUCAGGUAAGCUUAGUACAUGAUUCCCUCUAAAAAAAUAUUUGUAGCUUCAAAGAGAGAAGAGUUUCUUAAGAUAUCUCUCCCUUGUCUUUGAUCAGCCCUCCGUUCCCUUCCAGUAAUGUCCUUUGCUUGCUUAGAUUUCUUUGAGUGAAGAAACGGACGAUAAGUAUUCCAAAAGUCAUUGGAGUUUGGUCUUUCCGAUUUAUUGAGAAAAUACGCCUUGGCUGCCUUUCGUCUCAGCGAAGUAGUAUCAUGAUUGUCUGGGUUAGAGAGUAGUCCUGUAUAAGACUUUCGUUGACAUUUGACCGACUUUUUGACAGCCGGUGUGGAAGUCAUCGUGAGAGUCAAAUUGAGAUGCAUAUCAUAACUUGCUAUUGCCCUGAUUGGUCAACUAUGUUUAAAGUUUAUAUUUGUUCCCGAUAUUGGUCGCUUCUAUUUUUUGCUAUAAAGAUUCUAAAUGUGAGUGGCGCGUUUCGAUCUGUCUUUUCCCAUCGAUCAUUUUAAUGUUACUCAGCUUGUGGGUUUUUUUGUGUGUCCAUUCACUCUGUCGUUUUCUGUUUUGCUUGAGUUCGUCACUAACGUCUUUAAAGUACAACAGUUUUAAGCGUGUGCGUGAUCCGUUUUCGACUUUAACGAUUUUUAAGUAGGUAGCUAAGAGCAGACCAAUCUCAUGAACAAAUAUUACCUUGUUAACAUGCAAAGUUAAGUAUGUCCGGCAUGGAAUAUUUUUUCGAUAACUCUUAAUUUAUAACAGAUGUUGCAGACUGUUGCACGUUCCUUUAAAAACUGUAAUCUUAGCUUGACCGUUUCAAAAAAUGUCGUUUUAUAGGCAACCACUGAAUGAGUUUCUAUCGAGGACAAUACUUUUUUUGUUCAUAGCAACAGUGGUGCUUUGUAUAUACCAAGGAUACGAAAUUCAGGUGUUACUCAAGCCACAAAUCGACGACAACAACAGCCCCAUCAUCGAGCGAUUACACUCCUUUGAUUCCAGUGAAGUUGAAAGUGCUGUUCACCGACGAAAGAAAAUUUUUAUUGCUUUCUUCUAUUGGGAACAAUUAACAAUGGCAACGAAUAAUCUUCUUCAUCUUUCAGCUCUCGCUGCCCAAGGAGGGCGCCAAGUUGUGGUUCCUUUUGUGAAAGAUUCUUUCUUUCGAGGUGCACCACAGUCGCAGAGAAAACGGCAGAACCAUAAAUUUGGACUUUAUUACGACGUCACUGCACUCAAUGAAUCGCUUCGUUUACACGGCUAUGGAACUUUAAUAAACUGGGAGGGGUUUCAAGACGUCUGCAAGGGAAAACUGGAUGUUUUAGUAUAUUUUCAUUAUAAAAAUCUAACGAACUCCACGAGCAACAACCUUUCUACCUCAUACGAUCCUUGCAAGCUUAACCAGAAACAGGUUUUUCUUGGCAUCAAGAUUGGCAGGAAAAUUUGUGUUAAUGCUCAUGUUUUCGAUUCUGUUCAGAGAUUUGAAGACGAAAUAGUUGAAAAGCUUCCUUGUGUUGGUAUUAUGCGAUGGAGAGGAACAAGCAAAACUGAACCCUUUAGAACGCAUUUUAAUAUUGAGUCAUUAGUAGACAAAGUUCUGUCUUAUCUAGACAUGAGCGCUUUUUUUAGUGCAAAACUUCUUCGCAUAGCUCAAGAUUUUAUAGCGCAGCAUCUCAUUUCAAACUUUAUCUCCGUACAUGUUCGCACAGAACAGAUUUUAGUGUCAGGAGGAAAUAUUUCCACAGUCAAAAGAUGUUUAUUUAAGUUGAGGAAGAGACUUCAGAGUAUUAAUCAAUUAGCAACUGUUCAGAAUCCUCCAGUAUUUUUGGCGGCUGAUUUCACAAAGUUUGGGUCUUCCUCAGCAACUGUGAAACCAGCUCGAAAACAUGCCAAAUCCUUUAUGAAAAUACUACUCCCCUUAAGGCCGAUUGUUUUUCAACCCUCAGAAUACAAGAUUGUUGAUCGAGGAGCAGCGGCCAUCGUGGAAAUGAAUAUUCUUGCAUCAGGAAGGCUCUUAUUUGUUCUCGGAGGUGGGUCAUUUCAACUUUGGAUAACGAAGCAAUUUCUUACCAAGAAUUACAAUGAGCAGAGUAAAGUAGAACCCAUCGUUUGUUAACCGUUUGAAAACAUUAUUCUUAUUUUAAAAAAUGAAUGUAACCUGGUAUCUAAUGACCAGCAAAGAGUAAAAUGUGGAAUUUCAUAUUGGACACUUUCUCUCAAAAGGUGCCAAAGAGUCUAAGCUUACUGGAACGCGUGAGUGAUCUUCCACCUCUAGCGACAUAAUCCCAUGAACAGGCAAAUAUUACCUUAUUGACAUAUAAAGUAUCAUUGCAAUUUUGAUUAGAUGCCGCUUAAAGUAUGUUGUCGCAGUCAAUUCUACAGCGUCUGAUAACUGCACUCUUAAAUUGUGGCUGUGUCCAAAAAAAAUGUCUUUCUAUAGGCAAGCACUGAAGUUCCUUUCAAAAAAAAAACUUCUUUUACUUCUUACAGCAGUGGUACUUUCUAUCUACCUGGGUUAUGAGCGUCGGUAUAAUAGCAGACCUUUAGUUAAGGAUAACAACGGUUUUAUAGAUAUUUACAGGGGACUGCGAUCACCACACAGCAUCACUGAGCGAUUACAGUCCACUUAUGCCGGUGAGGCUGAAAGUUCCGUUUACCGACGUCAAAAACUUUUUCUCGCUUUCUACUAUUGGGAGCAAUUAACAAUGGCAACAAAUAACUUUCUUAAUCUUACAGCCCUCGCUGCCCAAGGAGGUCGCCAAGUUGUUGUUCCAUUUGUGAAAGAUUCUCAUUUUCGCGGUGUACCAACCUCUCAGAGACGCAACCAGACACACAAUACGCUUGCACUUUACUACAACGUUUCUGCACUUAAUGAAACGCUUCAUUUACACGGUUAUGGAACUUUAAUAACCUGGGAAGGUUUUCAAGAUGUUUGUAAAGGAAAAGUGGAUGUUUUGGUGUGUUUUUAUUACACAAAGCUAACAAGCUCCACGACCAACCUCUCUACGUCUUGCGCUCCCUGCAAGCUUAACAACAAAAACGUUUUACUUGGCAUCAAGAUCGGCAGAAGAAUUUGUGUCAACGCUAAUUCCCUCAAUUCAGUUCAGAUAUUUGAAAGCGAAGUAGUUAAAAAUCUACCGUGUGUUGCUAUCAGGGAAUGGAGAGGGAUAACGACAACAAUAACAGCCAAAAGAACACAUUUUGAUAUUGAGUCAAAAUUAGACAAAGUAUUGACGUCUCAAGACAUGAGCGUUUUUUUCAGUGCAAAACUUCUUCGCGUAGCUCGAGAUUUCAUUGCGCAAAAACUCACUUCAAACUUUAUCUCCGUACAUAUUCGCACAGAAAAGAUUUUAUCUGCUGGAGGAAAUAUUUCCGCUAUCAAAAGGUGUUUAUUUAAUUUGAGGAAGAGACUUCAGAAUACUAUUCAAGUAGCAAUUGUUCCUCCUCCAAUAUUUUUGGCUACUGAUUUCACAGCCUUUGGGUCUUCCUCAGAAAAAGCAAUACGAGCUCGGAAAUAUGCCAAAUCCUUCAUUGAAAUACUGCUUCCUCUAAGGCCCAUUGUUUUUCGACCACCAGAAUACAAGAUUGUUGAUGGAGGAGCCGUAGCCAUUGUGGAAAUGAAUAUUUUAGCAUCAGGGAGGCGCUUAUUUGUUCUCGGAGGUGGGUCAUUUCAACUUUGGAUAACGAAUCAGUUUCUUACCAAGAGCAACAAUGAUCGGAGUAAAGUAGAACGCAUCGUUUGUUAA